UCUGAGAACAUGGCUAUGCCUCCCACAUACGCCGAUCUUGGCAAGUCCGCCAGAGAUGUCUUCACCAAGGGCUACGGCUUUGGCUUAAUAAAACUUGAUUUGAAAACGAAGUCAGAGAAUGGAUUGGAAUUUACCAGCUCAGGCUCUGCCAACACGGAAACCACCAAAGUGAACGGCAGCCUGGAAACCAAGUACAGAUGGACUGAGUAUGGGCUGACGUUUACAGAGAAGUGGAACACAGACAACACCCUGGGCACUGAGAUCACUGUGGAAGACCAGCUUGCUCGUGGACUGAAACUCACCUUUGAUUCGUCAUUCUCGCCGAACACUGGGAAAAAAAAUGCUAAAAUCAAGACAGGGUACAAGAGGGAGCACAUCAACCUAGGCUGUGACGUGGACUUUGACAUCGCUGGGCCCUCGAUCCGGGGAGCUCUGGUGCUUGGCUAUGAGGGUUGGCUGGCUGGUUACCAGAUGAAUUAUGAGACCUCGAAGUUCCGAGUGACCCAGAGCAACUUCGCAGUUGGCUAUAAGACGGAUGAAUUCCAGCUUCAUACUAAUGUGAAUGACGGGACAGAGUUUGGUGGGUCCAUUUACCAGAAAGUGAACAAGAAGUUGGAGACUGCUGUCAAUCUCGCCUGGACUGCAGGAAACAGUAACACUCGCUUUGGAAUAGCAGCCAAGUAUCAGGUCAAUCCUGAUGCCUGCUUUUCGGCCAAAGUGAACAACUCUAGCCUGAUUGGCUUAGGGUACACUCAGAACCUAAAACCAGGUAUCAAACUGAUGUUAUCAGCCCUGCUCGACGGCAAGAACGUCAAUGCGGGUGGCCACAAGCUUGGCCUAGGACUGGAAUUUCAAGCAUAAAUGAAUAUUGUACAAUCGUUUAAUUUUAAACUAUUGUGCAGCAUAGCUACCUUCAGAAUUUAGUGUACCUUUUAAUGUUGUAUGUUGGGGAUGCGAGAGUUGAUAAAUACCACGUUAGACCUCCAGGCUAAGGAUGACUCGGCUUUAAGGUGUUUACCAUUUCAGAGGUACAGCAAAAACCCAUUCCUGAAAUGGUCCU